AUGUGCCGGUUUAUGGGUAGGAAGAUUGAGUGUGAGUGGCCCCAUGUAGUUCCCCUAGACAAUGUCAAGGAACUUACAGACGAGGAGUCACAGAACGUGGAGUCGGUCAGUCCUGUCGACUCGGGUGAUGUUCCGCGCCCGAGUGUUCUCCGAAAAUCAUCAUCAGAAUUUAGAGAACCGAACUCACCUAAAGCUCACAUGCAGUACCUGCGGUCAAACACAGAACCCAUCAAUGCCUAUCUCAUGCGGGCUAAUUUGAAACCCGUUGCGCCAAGUUCAUCUGUGACGGCAUCGCGCUGUCCCGCUCCGAUCCCACCCCGUUCUGUGGUGAGAACGGAGCGACAGAUUUCCCAACCGAUGGUGAUUGGUCUGCUAUGCAAUGACCUGCCUCCCCCUAAGGCUACUGUCUUCUAUUGUUCCCUAAUCUGCCCUUCUCACCAUCGAGGAAUUGAGGCUUUCGUUCAGACGAUUUUCCAUCUUCCCAAUCAACCCUCCAUUUACCGUUACGUAAAAGGGGGAUUAAAUGGAGGUCUUGUUGAAACUGUCAUUUUGAAGGCAAACGAAGUUAGGGCCUAG